UCAGCGGGCGUCAAUGCGGCGAUUGGGAACGAACCCCCCGAGACGACACCCUGCAUGCUAGUUUCCUUGCGUUGAGUGUGCUUUGCAUCCUUCGAGUCUUCUGCUGCUUCGAGGCUGCCUGAGCCGGAGUUGCACACCGCCAUGUUUUUCUUUUCACGCCCCCAGGUCGCUGUUGUCUCCGCUUUUGGGCUCUUUGCAUUAGAGGGAUGGUUAGGCUAGUCAAGGCAUUGGGUUUUCGGAGGCCUUCCGGUGUAAGAUGAUGUGGAAAAAAGUUGGCAGGGGUUUUGGCUGGCGCGUUUGGCAAGAGCAUGGCAUGGCAUUUCGGAUUUUGGGCUUCUGGUUGCUUUUGCGGUCGAGACCGCUAAUACCAUUAGAUGGGCCGGCGCAGGCGCCGGUCGGGAUACCGCAAGGGAAACGUAAUGAUUUAUGUGGAGGCAUGGUGGAAGGCGCUGCGACAGUGGACAUGGAUGUGUGUGGGGAACGGCCGUUCCAGCCGUCGCAAGCUUCCGGUGAGGUUCGGCGACGCGGCAGGAGAUGGAAAGCCACGAGACCAAAAGAGCAGGUGUUUUGCGAUUAUUGGGAUUGGGCGUCGACGGCAAUUCCACCAGCCGGCUCCACCCAAGGCGCUUCGGGCAAAGCUACAGCUGUCAGGAACGGUCGGGGCUUUGCUGGCACGGCCGCACAGGGAGCGCGACCGAGGGAGAUGGUUGGGCUGUGGGGUCGGGCACCAACAGAGCCCACUGUAUUAGACUUGCCCUCUUUGUAGCAUAUAGAAUCUUAGAUGCUUGAGCACAAUUGGCCGUCGCGGAAUGGCAUAGCUGGAGAUGGUGUGGUGUGUUGGCUCGGA